GUUCAUUGAUGCGUCUGACGAAGCAAGUCCUCGAGCGAGACAGUCGGGGAGGAUAGCGUUUACCGAAACCAGGACCACCAUUCGACAAUAAUCAACGCGUUCGCCAUGGAAAUCUCGGUAUUUUUACUUUACGUGACGACGUUCCUCGGCAUUGUAACGAGCGACAAGUGCGCCGACGAGUGUUCCUGCAAGUGGAAGAGCGGGAAGCGUACGGUCGAGUGUAUAAAUCGUGCCCUGACUAGCAUACCGGAGUGGGUCGAUCCGGAGACGCAAGUGCUGGACACCAGUGGCAACGACAUUAGGACCCUACCGAGUAACAUUUUCGUACGUGUACGCUUGACGAAUCUACAGCGUCUCUACCUACGCGAGUGCCGUAUCGACCGAAUCGAUAGCGAGGCACUGGCGGGCCUUACGAAUCUGGUAGAGCUCGAUCUAAGUCAUAACCUCCUAACCGUAGUCCCCAGUGCCAGUUUCACGGAUACACCGUUUCUCAGGGAUCUGGUACUUUCCAACAAUCCUCUUAAGAGGAUUCACUCGCACGCCUUCAAGAGUACACCGAAUCUGGUCAAGCUGGAUCUAUCCAAUACACAGCUCGUGGAGAUCGAGUCCAAAGGUUUCCGGGGUCUAGAGUUGCUGGAAAGUUUGAAACUGAACAACAACCAAUUAUCGACGCUCCAUCCAGGCACGUUCGAGCCGUUGAACAAGCUCACAAGUAUAGAACUUCACGACAAUCCCUGGAUAUGCGAUUGUCAUCUUCGCGAGAUGAAAAUGUGGCUGGUGAAGCACAAUCUACCAACUCUUCAAGCACCCAUUUGCCACGGGCCGAAACCGUUAUUGAACCGCACGUUCACGGAUCUCGGUAUAGACGACUUUGCCUGUCGUCCGAUCCUCCUGAUAGCCAGCCGCUAUGCCGAAGCGACGAUAGGCGAAAAUGCCAGUAUAGUGUGUCGGGUUAGCGCGAUACCACCGGCUAAAGUGAAGUGGUAUUGGAACGGAAGAUUGCUGACCAACCAUUCGGCGUUCAGUAGCUAUCAGAAAAUCUUGAUCUUCGAGGAAGGUCAGUUCAGGAAAAGGAGCACGUUAGUGCUCACGAACGCUCAGGAAUCGGACUCGAGCGAGUUUUAUUGUGUGGCGGAGAAUCGUGCUGGCAGUGUCGAAGCCAAUUUCACCCUUCACGUGUCUUUAAGAACUGCUGGUAUGUCGACCCUCGGCUCCGGUCAGAUCGCUGGAAUAUCCGCCGCUCUGGUUGUGUUGAUCCUCUUCAUACUUCUCAUUAUACUCGUGUUGUUCAUUCGUUUUCGAAAGAUGCCUCUGAAAGACGUUAAAUCGGCCGUUCCCGCGGAAGGUGCGUCGGCUGACAAUACCGGAGGCAAUAACGAUAACCCUCCAUCUGCGACGUCGACCACACGCAGGAAGCACGAGGAGAUCGAAACUACGUCGUUCGGUGUGGACUCGAAACCACCGGUGUCCUUAAAUCUCAGCUACGUUCAGAGACCGCAAGCAGCGACGUUGCAGACGGAGAACGAGUACGGUUCGAUCAGCCGUUUCGACGACCAGAGUCAACAACCUUCGGUGAUGGUGGCGCCGAGUGCCUGUUUCUCGUCGACCACGUCGUUAAUGCCGAUCGACAAUCCCGAUCUCAUUAGGGACACUCGUCGGGGAUCGGCGGAGGACAUUACGCCGUACGGCGGGGCGGACUACAGUCGCAUGGAAGUGGUGGACGACGCCAAGAUCCUUUACUCGAGUUGCCUGUGGGACGCGAGGGAUACGUGCAGAACAGCGGUGCCAGUGAGCACGUAUCCUUCGAAGGAGGCUCUGGCCGUAGUGGCGCCCAUGGUCGAGCAAUUUCCACCGGGCGCGAAACAGAUACGAGUUUGGCAAAAGGGAGUGCCGGUUUUGCCACCGGUUUCGGCGCUCAAACGUGUCCUUGGUUCGACGCGUAGCUCUCCCGACGAGGGCUAUCAGGAAGGGACUGGGACCGACGUCUAG